AUGAUAGAUCUGUCAGAAAAUAUCGCCUCCAUCAUUGUCAGCAAACAGUCCAAGGAUCUCUCCAAGGUGGGAAUAACCAAUUUGUAUAUCAUGAGCCGCAACUUGAACGCCACCACAGUCAACGGUACCGCAGCCAGCGGUCCGGCGUAUCUCCGCAUCUUCGUCCAUAUCGACUACCAAUCGAUUACAGUUGUUAAAGCGAAGAUCGAGAACGGGAAGAACGCGAUCGGUGCGCUUAUCGACGAGGUGGACAAGGUCAUCGAGAGCCUCAUGGAAGACUCAUAG